AUGUCGGAAGACGCAAGGCCCUUGGAGGCUCCGGCCCCAGCACCCCAGCAGCACCCUCCAGUGUCCCCAUCCAUGUGGCUACAAGCCUACGAAUACUUACAGAUGUCCGGGAGUCGCUUACAGACGAGAUGGCGAGGGGGGGAGGAAGGAAGAAAAGGGCAAAGAUUUGCAACCACUGACAAGAGUCUGGGCCAUGGAGAACCAACAGAUGCGAGGUCUCCCACGCACGCCACCACCAUCAUCAACCAUCCGGCGCUCGUCCUCGUCUUUACGUCCAUAUCCCUCGCCGCUAUCACCACCACCUACACCACGACCAAGAUCCUAAAGAGAGCCCUCCCGCAUCCGUCUCGCCUGCUCCCAUCUAGUCUCCACCCAGCCACCACCACCACCACCGCCUCCCUCCCACACAACACCACAACACCUCCCCGCGUCUCGCCCCGUUUCGUCCGCGCCCGUCGCCGUCCAACCCAAAAGCCAUAA